AUGAAAGAGAACUGUUCCUACGAUUUGGGAAAUUCUAAGUCCAGGAAAAUACCACUCAUUUCCAACAAACCAGAUAUCGAUUUCAAUCAUUUGAAUUCAAAUGAAGAGACUUUAAUAGUGAACCAACAGUUAGUUUUAGACGCUUUUCGGUGUUGUGUCAAAAAGAAAGACAUGACAUCAUUUGCCAAACUUUUGGUUCAAUGCGUUUCACCCGAUCUUCUAUUCAAUGAGAACUUGUGGGGCGACGAAGACCCCAGAGAUGGACAGCUUCAGAGUCUUCGGAUUACAAUAGAGAGAGAUCUGUUUAUUUGGCGCGCCUUUAACGCCAACCCAUUGCUCUGGGAUUUAUGUGAACUCAUUGGUAAAGCCGAGUGUUUGAAUCACUGUCUGGUAUUAAUCCGGGCCCUCAUGACUGUCCAGCGAACUCAUUGGGCGUCCACUUCGUUGACCAAAGAAAAUAUUUUCGAAACUCAACGACUGUUGACUCUGUUGUCGAGUACUGGUAUUCUUCCGGCCGAACCGUUCAGUCAUGUGGCGGCUGUGUUGUCACAAUUGCAGGCCUGGGAGGUGUCCUGUAUUCUCAAUGAUAUCUGUAAAUACCUUAAAGACUCGACUUUGGGUCAAUUGGAAGGGCAGUCGUUGAAGCCAUAUGUGGAACGGCUUCGUAUAAUAAUGGCUCAUAACCUCCCGGGCCCUCUGUUUGUCAAUAUAUUCAGAGGACUUAAAUGAUAUGAAACUUCUGUUUUAUUUUGUAAUUAUUUUUCUAACAUUUAUUUAUAGUUUUAUUCAUUAUUACGAAUUCGACGAAAAUAUGAUAUCUAUUCCUAAAAUAAAUACAUUUCCUGCAAAUUAUGU